UGUGACGGUUACUGUUUCCUCCAUAUGACAUCAUUGCCUUUGCAGCCGUUCCAGGGAAGAAAGGAUGCUGUCGGGAAUUUGGGGGCUGAACUAAAGGAUGUUGCAUUGCAGGUAAGAAGAAACCAUGCUCCGUAGCCUGGAUUUGCAAGACUUUGCCUGUACUAAUAUGGUUAAUGCAGGAAACAUGAAUGGCUCUGGGAAUCUGAUGGAUUUUCUGGACGAACCUUUCCCUGAUGUUGGAACCUAUGAAGACUUUCAUACCAUUGAUUGGUUAAGGGAAAAAUCACGUGACACAGACAGACAUAGAAAGAUUACAAACAAAAGCAAGGAGUCAAUAUGGGAGUUCAUCAAAAGUUUACUAGAUGCCUGGUCAGGAUGGGUUGUGAUGCUGCUGAUAGGACUGCUAGCAGGCACAUUAGCUGGAGUUAUAGAUCUAGCUGUGGACUGGAUGACAGAUUUGAAAGAAGGUGUCUGUUUAUCAGCGUUUUGGUAUAGCCAUGAACAGUGUUGCUGGACGUCUAAUGAGGCUACUUUUGAAGACAGGGACAAAUGUCCUCAGUGGCAAAAAUGGUCUGAACUUCUUGUUAACAAAUCCGAGGGUGCAAGUGCUUACAUUCUGAAUUAUUUUCUUUACAUUUUGUGGGCAUUACUGUUUGCUUUCCUGGCUGUCUCUCUUGUCAGAGUAUUUGCUCCCUAUGCCUGUGGCUCUGGAAUUCCAGAGAUAAAGACCAUCUUGAGUGGCUUCAUUAUUAGGGGCUACCUGGGCAAGUGGACCCUCCUAAUCAAGACAGUAACGUUAGUUCUGGUGGUGUCUUCAGGACUCAGCCUUGGCAAAGAAGGGCCUUUGGUCCACGUGGCUUGCUGCUGCGGCAAUUUCUUCAGCAGCCUCUUCUCAAAGUACAGCAAGAACGAGGGAAAGAGACGAGAGGUGCUUUCGGCAGCUGCCGCUGCAGGUGUUUCUGUUGCCUUUGGAGCGCCAAUUGGUGGUGUCCUUUUCAGUCUCGAAGAGGUCAGCUAUUAUUUCCCAUUGAAGACUCUCUGGAGAUCCUUUUUUGCAGCUCUUGUUGCAGCCUUUACUCUGAGAUCCAUCAAUCCAUUUGGAAACAGCCGCCUGGUCCUUUUCUAUGUGGAGUAUCAUACACCUUGGUACAUGGCUGAACUUUUCCCUUUCAUUCUGCUUGGAGUUUUUGGAGGGUUGUGGGGGACCCUUUUUAUCCGAUGCAAUAUUGCAUGGUGCAGGAGGCGUAAAACCACUAGACUUGGGAAGUAUCCAGUCUUGGAGGUCAUUGCAGUGACAGCUAUCACUGCUAUUAUUGCCUAUCCGAAUCCAUACACUCGGAGGAGCACCAGCGAGCUCAUCUCAGAACUGUUCAAUGAUUGUGGAGCUCUGGAGUCCUCACAGCUCUGUGACUACAUCAAUGACCCCAAUAUGACCAGACCUGUGGAUGAUAUCCCUGACAGACCAGCUGGUAUAGGGGUCUACAUGGCAAUGUGGCAGUUAGCCCUGGCUCUGGUUUUCAAAAUCAUCAUCACAAUAUUUACCUUUGGCAUGAAGAUUCCUUCAGGUCUCUUUAUACCCAGUAUGGCAGUAGGAGCUAUAGCUGGCAGAAUAGUCGGAAUAGGAGUGGAGCAGCUGGCCUACCAUCACCAUGACUGGAUCAUCUUCAGAAACUGGUGUAGACCAGGAGCCGAUUGUGUUACUCCAGGACUUUACGCCAUGGUGGGAGCUGCAGCCUGUUUAGGAGGAGUAACCAGAAUGACAGUGUCUCUUGUCGUGAUCAUGUUUGAGUUAACGGGAGGACUAGAAUACAUUGUGCCGCUGAUGGCUGCAGCUGUAACUAGCAAAUGGGUCGCUGAUGCUUUUGGUAAAGAAGGCAUCUAUGAGGCACACAUCCAUUUGAAUGGCUAUCCCUUUUUGGAUGUGAAAGAUGAAUUUACUCACAGAACGCUGGCUACUGAUGUUAUGAGACCAAGGCGUGGAGAGGCUCCCCUUUCUGUCCUUACCCAAGAUAGCAUGACAGUGGAAGAUGUGGAGACAUUAAUCAAGGAGACAGAUUAUAAUGGCUUCCCAGUAGUGGUUUCUAAAGACUCUGAGCGUCUUAUUGGGUUUGCACAAAGGAGGGAGUUGAUUCUUGCAAUAAAAAAUGCAAGGCAACGCCAGGAUGGUGUUGUCAGCAAUUCUGUUAUAUAUUUCACUGAAGAGCCUCCGGAAGUCCCUGCUAAUAGCCCUCAUCCACUGAAGCUCCGACGCAUUCUCAAUCUGAGUCCCUUUACUGUCACAGACCACACACCUAUGGAAACAGUGGUAGAUAUUUUCCGAAAACUUGGACUCAGGCAGUGUCUUGUCACACGGAGUGGGAGGCUUCUGGGCAUUAUAACCAAAAAGGACGUGUUAAGGCACAUGGCUCAAAUGGCAAAUCAAGAUCCUGAAUCCAUCAUGUUUAACUAGACUGGUCUCAGAGGAUAGGCAAGAAACUUUGGAGGGAUCUUUUCUGGACUAAUAGAAGAGGAUUUUGUACAGUACUCCAUUUGUUUUUUGCAGAAAAGCAGAGAUUUACAUAAAUAGAACCAUAUCAAGGACAUAACCAAAGGAAAAUUGUGAGAGAAUGCAACAAUACAGUCAAGUUGAACAGAAGAGUGAAGAAUUAAGCAGCAGAUGUGAAAUCAUUUCUCUUGAGUGAGGCUUUUGUCUAUGUAUUACUUUUGACACAGACAAUUGGUAAUUUUUCCAUCUCCCCAUCCUCGUGCUCAAUUUGUGGUAGCAUUAAGCAGCAACUUGUUCCUGAAUUAGGGGUAUUGCCACAUUGUUAUUUUCUUUCCAUGGGCCACUGGAAAACUGAUAAGGAAGAGCAACUUCACCACGUGACAGCCCAGAAUAAAACUGAUAUUGUUUGGAGAGCAGGAAACACAUAAAGGGGAUUGAACCCAACAAAGGUAUAUCUAUACUGAGCAGGUUAAUUGCCUGCUUGGCUGGUGCAUGCAUAGAUGUAGAAAGGUUUGUGUAAACUAAGACCGGAAGCAUGAGGGAAUCAUCACGAACUUGAUCAGAAGACAUGGGAAAACAGGAAACAUAUUUAUAAAUACAGUUCAAUAUCAAGUGUAAACAUUUGUGUUCAAAACUGCUGGUUACCAACCAUGUUUUUGUGAGUUCACGUUUAUUUAUUUACUGGAUUAUGGCUAAAAUAUUUUAAAGACGUAUAUGGUUUUUUGAAGAAAUAUGUUGCUUUUGACUAUUUUUGUAGACAUUAAGAGACAACGUAGAAUCAAAGCUGUGUGUCAGUUAACUUCCAUAUUGGGAAAAGUUGUAUUUUUGCUUUUGGAUGUUCAGUUUGUCUAACUGAAAUUCUCAAGAUCGUUUUUCACAUGCUGUGAUUUAUGCCAUUUUUUCAUGGUGAACAUUUCUUUUUAAUGUGACUCUCACUGUGGUAAGAUCUGAAUUGCACUGGAGAUUUAUUGCAUGGUAUCACAGUGACUAUUUACAAAUGACUUGUAAAAGAUGAACCAUGGCCACAUUAUUUUGUGAAAAAUGACCUUGAGUAGUAUUGCACAUCAGCUUGAGUUUUUUCCCCAUACCCUUACUAAUGUGCAGCAAAGUACUAGUGUUUAUUCCUUCUCUAUGCAAGUGUUGCAUUAUAUUUGGUUUCAUGUUGAAUGUGUUUUACAGUAUAAAACACUGCAUAAAUCACAUUUUCUGUAGGUUGGAUGCACUAUUGUAUUAAUUCUUGAUAAUUUCUAUUCCACUAGUUGGAAACGGUUUGCACUUACUUGAAAGUCCUCUGACACUAAUACGAAAAAUGUGAUACUUAUGCUUAAGCAAGAGAUAAUCUUUUAUUGCUUCUACUAGGGACAAGAGUUGUAUGAGAAUCUAGUGUCUCUAUAGAAAGAAGGUUUUUUUAAUUAUUUAUUUCAUUCGGUUCUUAUAAUUUAUAUAUUUAUAGAAGAAUAUGAGACAAAAAGAUAUGCUCAGGUAUAACUCCCUUGUGCUUGAGAUAAUAGAAGCACUUGGAGAUAUUAGGCAGCUUUGCAAAUUACUAAUAUAGAACCAUUUGGGUUUAAAUGGAGUCCCAAUAUAAUUGAUACAUACUCCAGGUUAAAAAGUUUGUGGAUGAACUUGCUUGCUGGUGCAUUUAUAUGCUAUUUGUUGCCAUUGUGAAUGAGCUGCAUACUGUGCCAAACGAUUACAGCAAUAUCCAUAACAUUUGUGCAUGGUAGUCAUGAAGAUCAUCUUCAGGACACAUAAGCCCAAAAUAUUCAGUCAGUAGUUCUUUUUGUUGAUUUUUAGAAUUGGGCCCCCUUCCCCUGCAUGAAACACAAGAUUUUCCACUACCUUGAUAAUAUAGUCACUAUCAGCAGGGUUGUGUCUUCUUCCUAGUUUACAACAUUACAGCUAAAUGGAAGUUAUCUGUAAUGGCAAUGCCCCUGUCCCUUGGGAUUAUUAAAAAUGGGCUAACCCUCUUCCAUGGGGUAUAAAUGAUCCUGUGGAAGUUGGAAAGAGGUGGUUUUCAUGGCUAUGCCAUGAUUCAACCAUUCCCAUAAUAUUAUUUUAACUGUAACUCCAUUUUAUACCCUUUCAUUUCCCCAAGUAAAAUUUUCCGAAAGCCAGACAGAUCAUUCUGUAUCGCAUGCAGGACUGAAUAUAAUUAAAUAAUAACAUAUGGCAUAAUAGCUCCAAACAUUAAGUACAGGAAGAGGAAAUUUGUAGCUGAAAUUAAUCUGAUAAACGCUCCAAAGGCAGCUUGUGGGAGUGAAGUAUGAUAUAAUAAUCAAGAAAAUGUUGAUAUGUAGAUUCCUUUAAAAGUUUUCAUUUUGAACCAGUUAUUAUAUUACAAAAAAGCACAAUAUCAGUGAUUUAUUUACAUAUAUUUAUAUUCUUGCCAGUUUAGAAGGGCCCCUAGAAUAGCUAUGAAGGAAGCAUUAGAUAUUUGGAUUUCAUGUGUUUUUAUGCUAUUAUACUAUUGUCAAAUUUGAAAGUAAAUUUGGCUUCUUAAUUUUUCUGUAUGGUGAGAAAUUAUUACAGUAUCAUCAUAUUUCCAUGUUGCUCUUCUAGAUGGGAAGCCCAGAUUGAUUACAUUCUCAUUUUUUUUUAGCCCCAAGAUAGGUUCAGCACCACGAACAGCUCAUUUGAUGUUCAGGAUAAAACAUGGAGUGAACUCACCACUCCCAUGCUAUUGCUUAAACAUAUUUUUCCCACUUCUGAAUUCUGCACAUAUAAAGUUGGGAUACUGAAGUGUUAAUGUGCUCAGCUCCUGGCCCUUAUUUGGCACCCUUCCCCUACUCUUCCUGACUUCUGAUGGGGAGGGGAAUCAGCUGAUUUUCAGUGCAUUUAUCAUGAAAGCACAAAACAUCACAAAAACAUAGUAGUUCGCACUUCUCUGAAAACCUAAAUUAGACAUGAUGUAAUAUAUUAAUGGUCAUACCAAAACAGGUACACUAGGUGCCUAUAGGGGAAAUGACCCUCACUUCUCACAUAGUUGUCUGACUCUAACAUAAAAGAAGGUUAUUUAUGAUUCUAGUUAUCAAUUUACACCAUCAUCAUUAUCUCAUUAAUUUCAUUUCUUACCCACCUGUUUCCAUGGUUCGAGGCAGGGUACAACAUAGAUUAAAAUACAAUACAUAACUAAAAAGAUAUAAUAUCAUUUAAAACAUAGAAAUAUUAGAUUAAAAAUUUAUAAACCUAGGAUUAAUACACAAACCAUUAUACAUUAAAAUGAUCCAUACAUAUAAACAUGUCAAUUUAAAACUCAUAGUUUAAAACUGUGUUGGACUGCUGGUAAAGCUUACACAUACUAGACAGAUUUUUGAGAUGUGCUCGUUAAGAAAAAGUUGUGCAUUUAUUUGAUUCCUAACGUGAGUUAACAUAUCUUUGAAGCUGAAAGAGCUCUACAUUAUAGAAAAGAUCAUAUUAUUAUUUUAUUUAUAAUUGCUGAGAAAUAAAAAUUAAAAUGGCUAAUACAAAAAGAAGAAACUGCCCUCCCACCCCGCAAUAGCAGUUGGAGUGUAUAUUGGAAGUCUUAUGUUUUACAAUUUCUCAGCCACUAAAUUUCACAGAGUAAUAACUAAUUAUUUCCUCUGUAAAUUUAUAUAUAAGUUGUGUUCUGGGUGCAAAAAAUAUAGAUCUUCUCUCUAUAUGUACCAUAUUUGACAUCUGUGGAGGAAAAUGAACAGAGUCAUAUUUGGGACACAGGUUUAAUCCACUGUUGACUCCAGUAAGGAAGAAAGUUUAAUAGAAAUAGAAGUUUUAAGAAAGAUGGUUUAUCAUCCUUUGGCCUGUAGUGAAUGUUACUUUUUUCAUGGACAGAAUACUUAUCUGAUUACAACAUUGAAAUAAGCAUUAUGUAUUUGAAAUUUGGAUUUCAAAUGUAUUUGGAGCCCUCAGUGGUGCAGCAGGGCUGAGCUGCUGAACUUGCUGACCGAAAGGUUGGCAGUUCAGAUCUGAGGAGUGUGGUGAGCUCCCAUUGUUAGCUCCAGUUUCUGCCAACCUAGCAGUUUGAAAACAUGCAAAUGUGAGUAGAUCAAUAAGUACCACUCUGGCAGGAAGGUAAUGGCACGCCAUGCAGUCAUGCUGACCACAGCAUGUCUACAGACAACGCUGGCUCUUCGGCUUAGAAAUGGAAAUGAGCAUCAACCCCCAGAGUCGGACACAACCAGACUUAAUGUCAGGGGAAAAGCUUUACCUUUAACUAUUUGAAAUAUAUGGAAUUUUCCAGCCUUUCAUAUUCUGGAUGAGAAGCUUAAAUAUAAAAUUGUCAGACAUAUAUUGAAAUAAAGUAUUUUUGUUUGACAUAUAAUCAAAUGGAACAUUUGACAUAAAUGUUCAUAAAGGAGAUUUCUUUUGAGAUGGGAGAAAUUGGAUCUAAAAUAUGAGACAAAAAUAAUAUCUGGAUUUAUAAUAUAGCCUUUAUUUAAUUGUUAGUAAUACUAGAGCAGAUUCAUUGACUCAUUAGUGUUGACUUGCCAAAUUGGCAUUGACUCACUAUGUCUACUUUAAUGGUGGUGAACAGUUGGAUUUAGGCAUCUGAUUUAUUUACCAAGGAACAAAUGAAUAUGUUUGGGUUUUUGGGGGGUGAUUUAUCUUGCAAAUAGGAAUAAUAUUUUAUUGGUUCACACAUGGGGUAUAAUUCAGAUGCUUGUCCAUCUAGUGGCUUUUCCUGCUUCAGACAUUGCCUCACACAGACAAAAUAUGGAAAUGCCAAAAGCAUGAAUGAAACUUACAUCUAUGCUCCUACCACCAUAAUUUUUGCAUGUAAACAUAAGAUUGACUGCUACGUGACCCUUAAAAUUGUUAACAUUAGACAUGCAGUUCAGUGGAAUAUUUGGAAAGGUUAAGAAAAUCCUUUUAAAGAAGUUCUUUCCACAGUUACCAACUAGUGUUUCUUUUUAAAUGUUAUAUUAUUCCAAAGCAGACCUCAGAGUUAUUGGAAGGACUCCAGAAGAUAGAAAUCAAAACUUUUUUCCAGUAUAUUUAAUUGAUUCAGUAGAGAGAAAAAAACAUUUUUCACUGAAUGUGGUUAACUUAAGAACGAGGUUGGUCCAAUAAAAGUGUAAUAUUUAUUUUAUGCCAAUACAAUGCAUUAAAUGAUUUUUAAUCUAUGGAAAUUAGAUGAUGUCAUACCAGACGGGUGAAUAAACAUUUGAUAACAACUGACAAAACAAAAACCUAGUGUGAAGUUUUAUGUUGUGCAUAUGUUUUGGAUGUGUAACUUAGAAAGUGUAAGAUUUUAUUUUUGGGUGAUGUAACAGACUGCACAGGCAUGAAUUACUUAACACCCAGAUUUGUUUAAUAAGAAAUAUAAUUACAUAAUAAAUGUUAUGCAUUUUUUUAGAAAAAAAUGUGAAAAGCAACCCCAAAUUCAUAAAGUUAAAAAGAACAACUUUUUCAGGAAUUCUUUUAAAAAAUAAAAAUCUCCUUUUGAAAAUAA